UAUGGCGUCAACGAAAACAAUUGGAGGCAAAACCUAGAAGUGAUCGUCUAAUUAGUAAUUAGAGGGAGAAAAGCAAAGCAACCGAGUUCAGAAAAUGGAAGCUUGCUUGACAAAAUGUUUGCAAAGCAAACGUCUUUUCACAUCACUUAACUCCUUUCGCCGCUCUUCCAUGUCCAUUCACUCUGGUAGAAAGUCGGUUAAAAGAGCAUACGAUGGACUUCUGUUAGACGCCGCUGGAACACUCUUGCAAUUGUCCAAGCCUGUUGAAGAGACUUACGCUUCCCUCGGAGCUAAAUACGGUCUGAAAUUGAAUUCUACCGAAAUAAAGCAAGGAUUUAAGAGGGCUUUUGCUGCCCCAUGGCCUGAUAAGCUCCGUUAUGAGGGUGAUGGAAAGCCAUUUUGGAAACUUGUUGUUUCUGAAGCCACUGGUUGUUCCGAUGACAAUUACUUUGAGGAAGUCUAUGAGCAUUAUGGCAAUGGUUAUGCAUGGCGUCUUCCGGAUGGAGCUUCCGAAACAAUAUUCAUUCUAAAAAAUGCUGGAGUUAAAGUGGCCGUUGUGUCCAAUUUUGACAUCCGAUUGAGGAAGUUAUUGAAGGAACUCGAUGUCAUAGAUCUGUUUGAUGCUGUAAUCAUAUCUUCAGAGGUUGGUCAUGAAAAACCCGACGCAAGGAUAUUUAAAGCAGCUUUAGAUCAAAUUGAAAUGGAGGCUGCUGACAAAGUGGUACAUGUGGGGGAUAAUGUAAAGGCAGAUAAGGUUGGAGCCAAUGCAGUUGGGAUUGACUGCUGGUUGUGGGGAAAAGAUGUAAAGACAUUUGCAGACAUACAGAAGCGUAUCCUCAUCUCAGAUUCAUAGUUCUAAUGAUGGAACAACUGAAAAUCGUGCUGGAUAAAAAUGCUCAACACCUAUUCUCCAGGGAAUAUGCGACACUGCAAGGUAGCAGUUCUUCCUCAUAUAGAUUUACGACGUCGUAACACAACGAUUUCUCUUACGUGAAUGAUUUUUAAUAAAUGUUUAA